ACGUCAGUCUCCAGCUUUGGCUCAAACCUGCUAAGCUAAACUGCUGUCUAAAAAUAACACACUAAACAAACUACACAAUCAGAACUCAUUUCGUAUUUCUGAAGGAGGGACUUCAUAAAACAAGGAAGACAUCAGCCCGUUUUUAGGACAAUGAAAACAGCAGUAUACAAGAUAAGUAAAUUGUGUGGAAAAAUACCGCUUUUUUACACGUGAAACAUGAACACAUGUUAUAUUGCACACUGUAAACACAAUCAAAGCUUCAAAAACACAGUGUUAAAUGACUACAGUCAUGUUACCCAUCAUUCAGUGCAUCCAUACGUCAGGUGAUGCAGGCUUAAACACACAAUGUUUACUGUACAUAACAUGUAUGCAGGUGUGUUUCGUAAAGUGAAGGCAGAGGUCACCUACAAUGUGUGUCACUGUGCUGGACAGAGUGUGCAGAACCUGUUAUGGGCUUAUCUAUACUCUGGACCAUCUGGUCGUAGACGAGUAACUUCCUGAUUUUAUCUGAACACAGGAAACAUCAAGUCCUAGAUUGAGAAGGUCGUCUUCAGGCAGAGAGGUCGGUGGGCAUCGCUGAAGACGAACUGGAGGGUGACGACACAUCUCAGGGCAAAGGGACCGAACUUCUCCAUCCAUUCAGACUCUCACAUCCCCAAUGAGGGACAGAAACAUGGCUUCUCACCUUAGUCUGAGCAGGAGUCGGGUGUGGCUGCGGACGUCGUUUGAAGGAUGCUUAACCCACAUGCUUCUCUUUACGCUGCUGUGUGUACCAGCCAUUGCCCAGCUGGAUUUAAACAGAUUAGAUGGUGACACCGUGUGCCCACCCAUGAAGAAUGGACAAGAUGACCUUCCAGGGUUCGAUCUGAUCACUCAGUUUCAGUUAGAUGUCAUUCCUAUGAGAGGUGUUAGAAAGGUUGAAGGUUCGACUCCUCUGCAGGUGGCGUACAGACUCGACAGAGAAGCCAACUUCCAGAUUCCAACCAGGUUGAACUUUCCAAGAGGCUUUCCCGAUGAAUAUUCCUUCAUGGCCACCUUCCGCAUGAUUAAAAGCACAGUGAACAAGGUGUGGAACAUCUGGCAGGUUGUGGAUGAGGACGGUUUAAAGCAUGCCGGCAUGCGUCUCAAUGGAGACCAGCAGGCGCUGGAGUUUUUUCUCACCACUAUGGAAGGAGACCUCCAGACCGUCACAUUUCCAGGCCUCUCCGUUCUCUUCAACACCAAAUGGCACAAAGUGAUGGUUGGCGUUGAGAAGGAACUGGUGACCCUGUACGUCGACUGUCAGCCGGUGGACCAGAAACCCAUCAAGAGGAAAGGAUACGUCAACACGGAGGGAGACACUCUGAUUGGACGGCUGGAUUCGGACCCCAAUACCUCUGUAGUGUUUGAGUUGCAGUGGAUGCUGAUUCAUUGCGACCCAAAAAGAGCUCAGAGAGAAAACUGCCUUGAACUUCCUGUGACUGAGAUGUUUGCCAAUGCUGAGCCGGACCCCAAACCGAUCCCUGGACCACCCGGCCCUGAGGGUCCUGAAGGACCUCGUGGGCCUGCUGGAGAAGAUGGACGAGAUGGUAGAGAUGGUAUUCCAGGUACCCCGGGCAUUCCCGGAACUCCGGGCGGUAAAGGUGAGAAGGGUGAGAUUGGACUACCAGGACAGAGAGGACUUCCAGGGUUACAAGGACCUGUGGGGCCUAUGGGACCCAUGGGGCCACGAGGGCCAGUGGGAGAAAGAGGUCUUCCUGGUUUUCCUGGAGCAGCUGGACCCCCGGGAGCAGAAACUGUUGGACCUCCAGGAAUUCCAGGCAAACCCGGUACCCCAGGAGAUGAAGGAAACAUUGGACCAGAGGGACCCCCGGGACCAAGAGGAGGUAUUGGCCUACCAGGACCCCCAGGACCUCCAGGACCAGCAGGAAUUCCAGGUGCUGGGAAUCCAGAAGGGAGUGGGGAAACUUGUCAGACAACAUGUCCAGCCGGACCACAGGGACUGCCCGGUCUACCUGGAAUAAAGGGACAUCGAGGUCUUCCAGGUGCAGAUGGUGUGCCAGGGGUCCAAGGUGAAAAGGGAGAACGAGGAGCCACCGGAGAGUCAGGUCCUGCUGGACGCGCAGGAGAUGAUGGUCAGCGUGGGCCAAUCGGAUUUCCGGGUGCCGUUGGAGAUAAAGGAGAUCGGGGUCCUCCAGGUUUUAAUGGCAUCCCAGGACCCACUGGACCACCGGGUUCUCCGGGUGUUGAGGGCAUCAGGGGGCGACAGGGUCAUCCUGGACCUAAAGGAGAUGAUGGUGCAAUUGGAGCUCCAGGAGAGAAAGGAGAGGCCGGUGUCAAGGGUGAUGCUGGUGAGCCAGGAAAACACGGAUCUGAUGGCGAAUCAGGAGCUCCAGGAGAGAAGGGAGAGCCGGGGCUUCCUGGAGCCGUUGGUGUCCGAGGAAUUGUGGGAAUUCCUGGUUUGCCAGGAAAACAAGGACCUGUGGGAGCUGAGGGCUUGAAGGGUGAAACUGGUGCUGUUGGGGAGACCGGUCCAAUCGGUCCUCCUGGUAAAGAUGGUGCACCUGGACCUGCUGGAGAGGAUGGAGCACCAGGAGUGAAAGGAGCCACUGGUGAGGCAGGUAAACAGGGUCCGGUAGGCCCGGCGGGUCCUCCAGGAAUCCAGGGAGAUAAAGGUGAUAAAGGACUUAUGGGUCCUCGUGGCAUCAAGGGUCACACCGGUCAUAAAGGAGAGCAGGGCCCGAUAGGUCCAGUUGGUCCUAAAGGAAGUAUGGGAGAUCCAGGUGUUGGGGGGGAACCAGGCAUGAAGGGAGAUCAGGGACCUCCUGGUAUCGCUGGAAUCAAAGGAGAGAGCGGAGAAAAAGGCCAGCGAGGCGCCACAGGUGCCGAUGGUCGUCCGGGACAGCCAGGUCACGAGGGUUUGGCGGGUCCUCAGGGAGCCCGAGGUCUGGAAGGGGAAAUAGGAUUAACAGGACCUCCUGGUCCCAGAGGUCUACCCGGUCUCAAGAUGAACGACGAGAAGAUUCGUGAAAUUUGCUCAGCUAUUGUUGAAGAACAUCUAGAUGCCUAUAAGAAAGAAUUGGCAAAGAAGCCUCAGCCGAUUGCAGCUCCUGGAGCGCCAGGACCCAUGGGGCCGCCCGGACCAGAAGGACCUGCGGGAGCUGCAGGAGUCGCUGGACCCAGAGGACUUAUGGGACCCAAGGGACUUUCAGGAUACCAUGGCCUUCCUGGAAAACCAGGGACCAAAGGUGAAGCUGGACAAAAAGGCGAUAAAGGAGAUAAAGGAAUCGGAAUCCCGGGAAUCCCAGGAGAACCUGGACCUCAAGGACCAGCUGGCAAACCCGGCAUUGGUAAGGACGGUCACGAUGGUGCUAGAGGAGAAGCCGGCGUGCCUGGAACACCAGGUACCCCUGGGGCGAGAGGAUCUCCGGGCGCUCCUGGCCUCUGUGAUCCAUCAAACUGCUACAGACCACCUCAACCUCUGUACAUGGUUGGCGGGAAAAAGCCGGUCAACUUCAAGGGUCCAUGAAUAGAAAGACAGUAACCGUCAUCACGGGGGAACACAGAGACAGUCCAUUUCCCAUAAACUUGAAGAGACUUCAAAUGGUGCCGUGACAAAAACACAAACUUUUACAGUUGUAUAGAGACAGGUGACUGCUGUGAUGGUGGAUUGAAUUCGGAUGCUCACUGUUGUGCCUUGUACAUAAACUUGUACGGUUGGGGAGAGAUAUGUUUGUUCUUUCUGAGGGUUUCAAUUGUAGAAAAAGAAAUAAAAUGAUUUAAAAUGUA